AUGAGAGUCGAACGAAGACUAGAUGAUGAUUAUUUCAAUUUUGUAACUCGAUUGGUGAAAAAUCAGGAAAAACAACAAUUGAUUGUUUUUGGUGAACAUUUAUCAAAUGUUAGUCGAUUUUGGUUCUCAGUUGAUUUCACGUGUGCACCUGAAAAGAUCAUUCAUUCGGCAUAUUUAAAUGUACAAAUUGAACGACGAAUAGAUGAUCAUAUGCUACAGUGUGUUGUCAAUACCUUAGGUUCAAAUAUAACCCGCCCAAUGCAAUUAUGUGUCGAACCAUCUCAGCUAAUGCCGCAGCCUAGUAUGGAAAAUAUGGAAUUUACACAGAUUAUUUUGGAAGAAACAGUGACUCAUUUAUUUCCUCUUUACAUCCAAUUAAUGAUAAUUUGUAUGUGUGCCACGUUAAGCGCCAUAUUCUCAGGCCUUACCACUGGUUUGAUGGCACUAAGUACCGACGAUCUUAAGUUAAUAGCGCAAGGUAGCGAAGAUAAGAAGGAACGUGAAUAUGCUUCCAAUAUUUUACCAUUACGUGCUCGUGGGAAUUUCUUACUUUGUUCAAUCGUACUUGGCAAUGCUAUUUGCAAUACAUUGGUCACAUUGCUUAUCAGUGAUUUAUGCGAAUCAGUGAAUGGAUAUUUCCUUAAUAUUGCAUUAUCGUUAGUGAUACCAACUGCCAUAAUCACUUUGCUUGGCGAUAUUAUUCCGCAAGCUAUAUGCGCACGCCAUGCUUUAUGUAUUGGCAGCCGAACGCGCUAUCUGACAAUAUUUUUCAUGGUGCUUUCUGCGCCUCUUUCAUAUCCCUUUUCGCUUGCUCUCGAUUGCUUGCUUGGUAAAGAAGGUCGAGAUGUUUAUGAUCGAAAAACUCUUCGUGCAUUGAUUACUAUGCAACGAGAUUUAACCAAAGAAAAAUUAAGCAAUCAAAUGGAUGGUGAAACAACGGAUUUGGUGCUGGCAGCUUUCGAUUUACCAGAAAAGAUAGUCAAAUCGGUAAUGACUCCUAUCGAUAAGAUAUUCAUGCUAUCUGAUCAAAGUGUUAUCGAUAAAACACUUCUAAAGACUAUUGCUGCCAAAGGCCGUACCCGAAUUCCAAUCUACAGUGGCACUGAUCGCAAUACGAUUAUGGCGAUAUUAAAUAUGAAAGAUUUACUACCAUUUUGUAAGACAAGUUUCUUAAACAUUGGUACAGUUGUGCAACUGUGGAAGCGUAGCAGUCAAUUUCGCUUCAUUAUUGAUAGUAUGCCAGUUUUGCAAUUACUUAUCGAAAUGAGGGCUGGGAUACACAUCGCUAUGGUUGUCACUUAUGAUGAGCAAAAACGAGACUACAUCGUUCAGGGACUUGUUACACUUGAAGAUCUCAUCGAAGAGGUAGUUGGGGAAAUUUUUGAUGAACAAGACGUAAGAAUUCGAAGAGCAGGUCAAAUGAGCCGAAAUUGGCGAAGAACGCAUGUAUACAUGUGA